UGUCUCUGGAUUAAAGCCAGAGUCAACUUUGCCGACAUCUAAUCAAAUAGCAGGGGAAACCAUUUGUAAUUCUGACUUCAGUUAGAAGUUCCUGGGAGGCCCUGUGUAGACCCAGCCUAGCUGAGUACUGAUUCAUUUUGAUGUGAGUGGGAAGAAUGGGGGAGAUUCGCAGCUUUGUCCUCAUCACUGUUGCUCUGAUUCUGGGCAAGGAGAGCUGGGUCCUCGGAGAUGAGAACUGUUUGCAGGAGCAGGUCAGGCUCAGGGCUCAGGUGCGCCAGCUUGAGACCCGGGUCAAACAACAACAGGUGGUGAUUGCACAGCUCUUGCACGAGAAGGAGGUCCAGUUCCUGGAUAGAGGACAGGAGGACAGCUUCAUUGACCUUGGAGGCAAGAGGCAUUACGCAGAUUGUUCAGAGAUUUACAAUGAUGGAUUUAAACAUAGUGGGUUUUACAAAAUCAAACCUCUUCAGAGUCUGGCAGAAUUCUCUGUUUAUUGUGAUAUGUCUGAUGGAGGAGGAUGGACUGUAAUUCAGAGACGAUCUGACGGCAGUGAGAACUUUAACAGGGGUUGGAACGACUAUGAAAAUGGCUUUGGAAACUUUGUCCAAAGCAAUGGUGAAUACUGGCUGGGUAACAAAAACAUUAACUUGCUGACUAUGCAAGGAGACUACACUUUAAAAAUCGACCUGACAGACUUUGAGAAAAACAGCCGCUUCGCACAAUACGAAAAAUUUAAAGUUGGCGAUGAAAAGUCUUUUUACGAACUGAAUAUUGGAGAAUAUUCUGGCACCGCCGGAGACUCCCUGUCGGGAACAUUUCACCCUGAAGUGCAGUGGUGGGCUAGUCACCAAACAAUGAAGUUCAGCACACGGGACAGAGACAACGACAACUACAACGGGAACUGUGCUGAGGAGGAACAGUCUGGCUGGUGGUUUAACAGAAGCUCAUGUAGCCAGGUUGGCAGAAUCAGAGGCAGAAGCGUCCAUGCCUAGCUGACAUCAGAGUGGUAUAUUCAAUGCAGAUACAACGAGCUUAAGGUGUCACUCUGCAAACCUGAACGGCGUGUACUACCAAGGUCCCUACAGAGCAGAAACCGAUAAUGGUGUUGUCUGGUACACCUGGCGUGGGUGGUGGUAUUCCUUGAAAUCUGUGGUUAUGAAAAUUAGGCCCAGUGAUUUUAUUCCAAAUAUCGUUUAGUUGUCCCAUUGGGAUCUGCUUUCUGUGAUUCAUCUUGGUUUUUAAAUGUUUGAAAAAAAUAUACAAUUCUGAAUAAUA